GUUGCUGUUGUGGUGUUGUGGACAUGCUAUCCACGUUCCACCUUAAUUAUGAUGCAGUAUCUCCUUCUUAAGAGCUUUGAUUCUUCUUCUGAUCUCAGUGGUUUUCAUCCUCAACCGCGAUGGCAUUUCUUCCUUCGGAUGAAUUCUUCUGCCUGGAGCAUCCUGUGGCAGAGGAAGCGUAUGUUCAACUAGCAGUCUUGACAAAGGUCAGAAAAUUCAAUCAAUCAGAGUUCUUUACAGUAGAGAAUCCGGAUAAGCUAGCAGAGGGAACUUUCGCGAGAGAUAGGCAUAUUUUGGUGGAUGCAGUUUCCAUUAAAGAAUCAGGAAAAUUGCAACCUGUUGUCACAUCUCCGAAAGACUAUGGAAUGCCUCCUCUGCCUCUCCCACCCGGAAAGUCCAGUUUCUUAAGCUAUAGCCUUCCAGGCUCUGCUACUUCAUCGCCUAAAUUCAGCACAGCUGCCCCGAAGAAGAAACCUCAGAGUCAUGCAUUGAAUCCACUAGGCCGCCAACAGACUCACGCAUUAAAUCAUAGUCAGAGGAGUAACUCUAGUGGUGAAGGCAAAAUAUUUGCACUAGAUGAUGGACUUGAUCAGUCUUUGAGCAAUCCUUGGAGAACUGAAACAAGAAAUGAUCAAUUAAAGAAGGUGCAAAAUAAUCUGGACUCUCAAGACGACAAUUUUAGAUGUGGAGCUAUGUGUUUGUACUUGCCAGGAUUUGGGAAGGCGAAACCAGUAAGGUCAAGAAAAGAGGAACCCGAACUGGUGAAUGUAAUAUCCAGGACGGUUUCAUUGGAAAAAUUCGAAUGUGCCUCGUGGACUUCAUCUGCAAUCAUACAUGACAAUGAAGGUGGAAACUCAUCCAAAUUCUUUGAUCUGCCCCUGGAGCUGAUCCAAUGUAGUGACAACGACAAACAUUUGCCUGUGAGAGCGGCUUUUGUGUUUGAAAAGGAGCGAAAAGGCACCAAGAACAGUUCGACAAAAAGGAUUAGCCGAAAAUCCCAUGAAUUAUCUAGCCAAGUUCGUGUUUCAAGUUCAUUUCGUGCACCUCGUCAUUCGACUGUAACAUCUCCCUGCAUUAGUCCUCGAUUGCAGAAGGCAAGGGAUGACUUCAACGCGUUCUUAAAAGCCGCAGAUAAUUGAAAGAGUUUUACUACUGUUUUGGUGGGAGGAAAAAUUAUCACACUCCGCCCUACAUGUAUUUUAAAUUUUUUUGAAAUAUAAUUUUACAAAUUAUUUUGAUUAAUUUUUUCCCAAUAAACAUAUGA